AUGGAAGAGCUUCAAGAUCGACUUGGCUAUCACUUCAAUACCACUGAGCUAUUGGAAGAGGCUGUGCAUCCAGCUGGAACCCGUCCCCUGCAAGGCAACAAGCGACUGGCACUUCUUGGUGAUUCCGUUCUGUCCACUUCGCUCUUGGAUGAAUGCGGAAACGAUAUGUUGCAGUCUAAUGCCUGUAACAAAAACCUGAGCUGCAAAGGUGAGGCGUCUGAGAUAGACGACUUUAUAAACGGGCAUCCGGCACAAAAAGGCCACAUCACACUGGGCACUCGUGCAACGACGGUGGAAGCCAUCCUUGGCGCUGUUUGGAUUGAUUCGGGAAUGAGCAUGCAUGCAGUGGAUUGUGUGAAAGACAAGUUUGCUAUCGACAAAUGA